CUAUAAGCUACCCCCGCACCGCACCGCCGAAUCCGCCGCUUGGAUCUGUGUGUGUAUGUGUGUAUUAUAACGCGGCGCGGAGGCGCAGAAAGCAGCCGCCAGCUAGCAUCAGUUUCUCCCGGAGCGCCGAGCCGAUCGCACACGAGCCACGCACGCACACACACACUAAACAAUAAUAUAAGGCAUACGCGCUUGUUAACAAGCGAAACAUCGUAAGGCUCGCUCGCUCACUACCUUCAUUCAUUCCUUCACCUUCUCAUAACACACAUUAAUAUUACCAUUACAAAAAUACAUCAUCGUUCGAACGAGUUGUGUUGUGUGUCGUGUGCCUCACUCACUCACUCACUCACUCAUUGAUUCAUUGACGAUUCCAUCCACGAUCCCAAUUCAUUUUUGUACAUCGUAAUUCAGUGCGUAUCAACGACAACACGCCCCAGUGUCUGUGCAUUUGUAUAAGUUGUGACUACUCAAGGGAUCUCUUGUGAAUAUAUAGUGAAAAAAAAAUAAAUAAAUAAAAGUGCAUGAUUCAGUGUUUAUCAAAGUGUGUUGUUUGCUGAGAAUCAGGAAAUAAACAAGAUCACGAGUUCGAUGUCGCGAGGAGUCUGUCAUGCCGCGUCCUCUCGUUGAGCUCGCUGCAGCGCUGCCUCACGACUCGUCGCCGCAGCCCAUCGACGACAUCCUCGUCAUCGGUAGCUAGUGUUCGUUAUAUACAUACGACGACGAAGCGACCAAGAUCCGAUAAACGCAUCCUACGCAACGACGACGUUUUAUCUCUGCACAACGACGACGACGAAUCGCAUCGCAACUACCACAAAAUGACGACGAGCAUCCGCAGGUCGUUGAUCGUGCUUUUGGCCCUGCUCGGCCUGACGACGCAGUUGGCCUCGGCCUCGGGCGUGUUCGAGCUCAGGCUCAAGCGCUUCGACAAUCUCAACGGCAAGGACAGCCUCGGCAAGUGUUGCGCCGGCCAGCCUCGGCCCGGCAGCGACGAGUGCAGCGGGCGCUGCCGCGUGCGCUUCCGCAUCUGCCUCAAGCAGUACCAGGUCAACAUCGACACGUCGACGCCGUGCACCUACGGCGACGUCGUGACGCCCGUGCUCGACGAUCCGGCCAAGCUCAAGCUCAACACGUCCGACUUCACCAACCCCAUCAGCUUCCCCUUUGAUUUCACCUGGCCCGGUACCUUCUCGCUGAUCGUAGAGGCAUUCCACGACAGUCUCGACAACGUUUCGUCCAAAGGUGGUCAUCAUGCAGUUGCAUCGAGCAAUAACAACAGCAACACCAACAGCAGCUAUCACAGUAGCAGCAUCGGUAGCAGCGGCUCCAACAAUCGAGUGAUCAUCACGCGGCUGGCCACGCAGCGCUGGCUCGACGUGGGCAGCGAGUGGGUCGAGGACGAGCACAAGUCCCACAGCUCGGAGAUGCUCUACGAUUACCGGGUGACCUGCUCGCCCUACUACUACGGCAAGGGCUGCGAGAACCUGUGCAGGCCACGCGACGACAGCUUCGGCCACUAUCGCUGCUCGAGCGCCGGCCAGCGCGUCUGCCUGUCCGGCUGGAAGGGCGAUUACUGCGCUACUCCCCAAUGCCUGGCCGGAUGUGACGAGCAGCACGGAUACUGCAGCCGACCCAACGAGUGCCUGUGCCAUAACGGUUGGACCGGGCCAUUCUGCGACCAGUGCGUGAGGUACCCAGGCUGCUCGCACGGCAGCUGCCAAAAGCCCUGGGAGUGCCUCUGCGACGAGGGCUGGGGCGGUCUGUUCUGCAACCAGGACCUCAACUACUGCACCAAUCACAAGCCCUGCCACAACGGCGGCACCUGCUUCAACACGGGCCAGGGCUCGUACACGUGCGCCUGCGCGCCCGGCUUCACCGGCACCGACUGCGAGACGCCCCUGCUCGACUGCUCGUCCCAGCCGUGCCUCAAUCAGGGCACCUGCCUGCCCAGCCCGGCCAACGGCACCCAGGUCGAGGCCAUCGACGCCGCUGGAUCGUCAUCGACGAGCAUCGCCCGCAAGUACCGCUGCAGCUGUCCCCAGGGCUGGCGCGGACGCCACUGCGAGGUGAGCUCGCGCUCCUGCCGGGACUCGCCCUGCGCCCGGGGCGCCACCUGCGAGGACGACAGCGAGCGGGGCUUCAAGUGCCACUGUCCGGCCGGCUACGAGGGUCCCGACUGCGAGCGCCAGAUCGACGAGUGCGCCCCGAGCCCCUGCGCCAACGGCGGCACCUGCACCGACCUGCUGGCCGGCUUCCGCUGCACCUGUCCCGCGGGCUUCAGCGGCGAGCGCUGCCAGAUCAACAACGACGACUGCGCCGACCAGCCCUGCCUCAACGGGGCCACCUGCAUCGACCUCGUCAAUCGCUACCGCUGCCAGUGCGUGCCCGGCUACGUGGGCAGGCUGUGCCAGGAGAAGGUCGACUACUGCCUGCACAAGCCCUGCGCCAACGGCGGCAACUGCACCUCGGCGGUCAACGAUUACCAGUGCCUCUGCAAGCCCGGCUUCACCGGCAAGGACUGCUCGGUCGACGUCGACGAGUGCCUGAGCGCGCCCUGCCUCCACGGCGGCAGCUGUCGCGACCGCGUCAACGGCUACUCGUGCGACUGCGCCCCGGGCUGGCGCGGCGACAACUGCGCCGAGCCCAUCACCGCCUCCGCCAUCAUCAGGCCCAAUCAGCCCGGCUACUGGACCGCCGGCGGCGGCAGAUCGGCCGCUGCCGUGGCCGCGGCCCCCGAGUCCCAGGAGGGGGUGCUCAGCACCGAGCACGUCGUCGUCAUCGCCACCAUAUCGACGGCCGUGCCCGCCUUCGUCUUCAUCGCCGUCGUCGCGGUCAUGUGCAUGAAGCGCCGCCAGAAGCGCGAGCAGGCCAAGGCCGACGAGGAGGCGCGCCUGCAGAACGAGCGCAACGCCGUGCACAGCAGCAUGAGCAAGCGAGCCACGGCCAUGCUCAGCGGCGGCCCCCUCGACCCCAACGGCGGCGGCGGCGGCGGCGGCGAUCCCCACAUGAUCAAGAACACCUGGAACGCCCAGUCGAGCUGCAGCCAGCUGUCGAGCUCCGAUCGAUCCUCCACGUCCGGCAAGAGCGUCAACAACGACAUCUACGACGCGUCGCUGCUCGACUCUGCGGGGGCCAUCUACAACAAGGCCGAGCCCGUGCAGGACCUGGCCUGUCGCCAGGUCAGGUCGACCAAGCAGCUCAACACCGAGGCCGCGGCGCAUCGGGCCAGCCAGCACCUCUACUCGCAAAAGUCCAUCGAAAAGGACUCGUGCCAGCAGCAGCUGCUCGACAAGCGCGCCUCCACCCUGUUCUCGGCCACGGACAGCUGCUGCGCGUCCGUCUGCGGCGGCGGCGGCGACCUCAAGAGGCCCAACACGAACAUCGUGGAUUCGCUGAUGGACGACACGCAGCAACAGCAACACAGCGACGGCGGCUGCUCGGCGGUCUACGUCAUCGACGAGCACUACGCGAGGCGAGACCCGCUCGCCACCGACGUCUAGAAGACGGCCGACUAACAAGCGGCGUCGUCGUUUCACAUUUUUCACGCGCUCGACCAACGAUAGAUCGAGAGCGAGACAAAGAGCCACGACCC